GAUGUUAUGCAUGUUGAAUUAAUAUCUUAGCCAAUUCUAGUCUCGAUUGCAUUACUAAUAAUUUUUGGAGAUAAACCUGGCACACUUAAGUCAAGAGAGCUUGCUCAGAUUGUACUCCAUGACUGCGGCCACCCACCAGAUGCAACGGCGCCUUUGAUACAACCAAUUAUUUCUUUCCUGUGUGGCCUGGUGCGGUGCAGGUGUUGUGGGGGCACUAAAGCCGAAAACAGCACCAGCAAACUCCCCUUAACCACCUCAUCUCCUCACCUCUCUGCACCUGCAUUACAUCUGCAACACAGUAGCUCUAUUAGGUAUGAACCAUUGGGAACCAGAGCAGCAAAGGUAAAAAUAGAUCUGAGUCCCGAGGUCGUGGCUACGACAACGGUGACGUCAUUUCAGAUCACUCAAAUCUCGAUCACGGGACGGUCCAAGACACGAUGAACGGGGACAGCGAUGAACAUGGCGUCGACCAGGACAUAGCAGGUGGUCCAAAGACGCCCACUGCUCAUGGAGGACGUGAGAGAGUGGCCAUACUUGACGCCGGCGCCCAAUAUGCCAAGGUCAUCGACAGAAGAGUCAGGGAGCUAAAUGUUGAAACGGAAAUGUUACCUUUGGAUACUCCUGCAUACUCCAUCAAGGAGCUUGGCUUCAAAGCCAUCAUCAUUUCUGGCGGGCCAAGUUCCAUCAACUCGGAAGAUGCCCCUGCUUAUGAUCCGGAUAUUUUCAAAAUUAAUGUUCCUGUCUUGGGAAUCUGCUAUGGCAUGCAACUUAUGAACCGAGAAUUUGGUGGAACUGUAGUGCAGAAAAGUGAGAGAGAAGAUGGCCAGUAUACAAUCGAGGUUGAUAAUUAUUGCCAACUUUUCAAAGGGCUGAACAAUAAAGAGUGCGUGCUACUCACGCACGGUGACAGCGUUGAUAAAAUUGCACCAGGCUUCAAAGCAGUGGCUACCUCUGGUAACAUCGUUGCCGCUAUUGCUAAUGAAAAGAACCGACUCUUUGGUGUACAGUUUCACCCAGAAGUUGACCUCACUGAGCAUGGUAUGGAGAUGAUGCGUAGUUUCUUGUAUGAAAUUUCGGGCUGUACUGGUACGUUUAACAUCGAGAGCCGCGAGGCCGAGUGCAUUAGAUACAUUAAAGAGACGGUGGCCAACAGGAAGGUUUUGAUGUUGGUGAGUGGUGGUGUAGACUCGACUGUGUGUGCUGCACUGCUACACAAGGCACUCAGUCCUGAGCAAGUCAUUGCUGUUCAUAUCAACAAUGGUUUCAUGCGUAAAAAUGAAAGCCUGCAAGUGGAACAAAGUCUGAAAAAGCUAGGCUUAAAAUUGGAAGUUAUUAAUGCAUGGAAUGAAUUCAGGGACGCUACCACAACUAUUAAUUCUAUCAAUGGCGAACGUGCGCACCUCACAAACUACUUGUGUUGUACCGCCAACCCUGAAGAGAAGCGCAAGAUCAUUGGAGACACCUACAUCAGAGUGGCCAAUGAUCUGAUCCAGCUCCUCAACCUGGACCCCAAUGAAGUGCUGCUUGGUCAGGGAACACUGAGGCCUGACCUUAUUGAAAGUGCCAGCUCUUUGGUGACCACCAACGCAUGCACUAUUAAAACGCAUCACAAUGACACAGACUUAGUGCGAAGCUUGCGAAGUCAGGGAAGAGUUGUCGAACCACUGAAAGACUUCCAUAAAGAUGAGGUCAGGCAGAUUGGCAAGGACUUAGGGCUCUCGAGUGAGUUUGUUGAUCGCCAUCCAUUUCCUGGACCCGGUUUAGCUAUCAGAAUAUUGUGUGCUGACAGUCCAUUUGUGGAUAGAGAUCACGUUGAGACUCAGGUUAUUCUUAAAGUUCUCACUGAUUUUGCUGCCAGUGUUGAGAAGAAACAUGCUCUAUUACCUCGUAUUGAAGCCAGCACAACUGAAAGUGAAAGGCAAGAUUUGCGUAAGAUAAGUAUGCAGAACUUGCAAGCAACUUUACUGCCAAUACGAAGUGUGGGUGUACAAGGAGACAGCCGAAGCUACAGUUAUGUUGUUGGCCUGUCAAUGAACGCAGAGCCUAUUUGGGACAGUUUGCUAACACUGGCCCGACUCAUACCCAAGGUUUGCCAUAACGUGAACCGAGUUUGUUAUAUAUUUGGCGGCUGUGUGAAGGAAUUAGUACAGGAAAUUACCCCCACUUUUCUCACCCCAAAUGUUGUUGAUACUAUACGACAAGCAGAUUACCUUGCCACUCAGGUGUUGUCAGAGAUGGGAUGUAUGGAUAAAGUGUCACAAAUGCCGGUUGUUCUUUUGCCCGUUCACUUUGACAGAGAUCCGCAUGCAUGCCGUUCAGGUUCAUGUCAACGCAGUGUGGUUUUACGUCCGUUCAUAACUCAAGAUUUCAUGACUGGCCGGCCAGCAAUUCCAACAAAGCAUCUUCCCAUAACAGUAAUUAAUAAAAUGGUGGCUGAGAUCCUCUCUGUGCCUGGCAUCAGCAGAGUCUUGUAUGAUCUCACGAGCAAGCCGCCGGGAACCACAGAGUGGGAGUGACCAUUUCGGUAGCGACUGUCAAGUCGAUUGACAUGCAAAACUGUUGGUCAGAACUUAGCUGCAAGUUUUAUGCUCCUCUGUUGUUUAAGAAUAAAUGUUGACUUUUUAGUGUCUCCGAAUGGCCGAACUUUGGAACUCCUAUAAUUUGUUUAGUGCUGCACUAGCUGUCCAAAUAUAACUGGUGUUAUUUACAUAGUGUCGCUGACUUAAUCUUAAGGCCCUAUUAGAAUGGCUAGGUGGAACUCUGUCGGCUGUCGAGUCUAAUUUCUUGUUUAGUAUUUAUAACUUGAAACUGUUAAUUUGUUCCUGGUAUAAUAUAGUUAGGUAUCCUGCACUACAUUGAUUUAUGACCUGAACGUUCGGCUGUAGCAUUCACCAAAGGAAUCUGGAGUUCUGUUAGCGUUCCAUUGGAUUUUUUUUAUUGAUCGCGAAUGUUUUAUUUUCGUGUGAUCCCUCCCUGCUUUAGUUUGCUAAACUUUCAUUAUUAAAUGUAGCCUAUAUCAUAUUUUGACCUUUGCGAACAGUACCCUCAGCAGUUU